AAGAUUAUUUCCGGAAGUUGACGACUUUUUGCACAUGCGUAUGGGACGCUUUUGCGAGGUGGGAAAAUUCAUUCGUUCGUUGUAUUUAACAUUCUGCCCAAAUAUUGGAGGUUUCUACACUCUCUGGAAUCUAACGACUACUGCAUGUUAAUUAAUUUCCAGAAUGAAGAUUGCAAUAGAGGGCUGCUGUCAUGGGGAACUUGACAAGAUAUACGAGACUAUUUCUUAUCUGGAACAAAAAGAAGGGAUAAAAGUAGAUUUACUGCUAUGUUGUGGAGACUUCCAAGCGGUGCGGAAUGAAGGGGAUAUGAAGUGUAUGGCAAUUCCACCUAAGUACAGGAAAAUGCAGACUUUUUACAAAUACUACUCAGGAGAGAAGAAAGCGCCUGUGCUGACUAUCUUCAUAGGUGGAAAUCACGAGGCUUCGAACCACCUGCAAGAACUCCCUUAUGGAGGCUGGGUUGCUCCCAACAUUUAUUACUUGGGUUAUGCUGGAGUUAUUCGCUACAAAGGCAUAAGAAUUGGAGGUGCAUCUGGAAUAUUCAAAUCUUAUGACUACAGGAAGGGUCACUUUGAAUAUCCCCCUUAUAAUCCAGAAUCACUUCGAAGUGUUUACCACAUCAGAAAUAUUGACGUUUUUAAAUUAAAACAGAUUCAAAUGCCCAUGGAUAUUUUUAUGAGUCAUGACUGGCCACUGGGGAUUUAUCAUUAUGGAGACACAGAGAAUCUUCUUAAAAAGAAGAAGUUUUUGCGCCAGGAAGUGGAGUUUAAUUCUCUUGGAAGUCCUGCUGCAGAGGAGCUUCUCUCUCACCUCCAGCCUAGCUACUGGUUCUCAGCACAUCUUCAUGUCAAGUUUGCUGCCGUUAUGCAACAUCCACCCAAAGGGAAUGCUCCACCACGAGUAACAAAAUUCCUUUCACUGGACAAAUGUUUGCCCAACAGAGACUUCCUACAGAUUGUAGAUAUCCCAGAUAGACCAGAUUCAUCUGAUGAUGGGCUAGAGUAUGAUCCAGAGUGGCUUGCUAUUCUGAAGAGUACAAAGUCUCUGCCGUCAACCAGUUGUCAAAUCUGGAAUCCACCAGAAAAUAAUGGUCUACAUGAAAAGUGGGACUUCAGAGUUUCAGAAGAUGACAUGAUGAAGGUGAUGGAGGAUCUUGAUGGCAAACUCUCCAUUCCAGACAACUUUAGUUUGACUCUGCCAGUUUAUGAUCCUGCAAAUCCCCAACCGCAGAUGGCACCGAGUUAUAACAUCAACCCACAAACCACUGAGCUGUGUGCCACUUUAGGGCUUACGGACAUCUACGCUCUGGUUGGACAGGGCAGAGGUGAGUUGGGACAGAGCUUUGGUGAUUCCAGAGGGGAGGAGGAUGAUGCCCAUAGUGUAGAAAGUGGAGAUGAACCCAGUGAGUAUCCGACCGACACUUCAGCAUUGUCAGGUUCUUUCAAUCCUGAUGAAAUCACAAUAGAGGAUGAAUGGGAAGAAGAAGAGGAGGUAAAGGAAGGGAAAUUCACCAAACCUUCAACUAGUGAAAUCCACACUCCUAACCGCUUGAUUCUGCCAGAACCCAAAGUUUCUACUUCUCCUAGUGGCGUAACUGACUUGGUGAACAUGCCUCCUCCUUUGCACUCUACACCUGCUUCAGUCCGCUGUCAAUCUGAAAAUAGUGGGGAUGACAGUAAUAACGAGGAUACAUCAGCUGUUCGCGUGCUGAAGCGUAGCAGCGAUGAAAGGGUAAAUCCUAGCAGUCGUGGCACCGCUCCAUUGAUAAAGCGCAGGAACCAAGUUAUAUAUACAACAGUAGAUGAUGAAAAUGAAGAUUAAAAUCAGAUUUAGUUAAUUUCAUUAUUUUUUUUAGCUUGUUUUGAAGUGAACCAAUUACACAGUGAAUUUGAACAAGAAAUGUUUUUACAAAAAAAUAUAUAACGGAGGUUGUACGAACUUAUUUUAUAUUGUAUACAUUUCAUAAGAUGUUCAAAUACACAUGCUUUUAUACAAUAUCGGGAACUUAGACAGUAUUGUUUUUUGUUUUGUUUUUUUAACUGACGUACCAAUAUCUUUUAAAAAACACGGGAAUAAUCAAAAAAAUGUGUUCUACAUGACCUGAUACUUUUUAACAUGAAUAAGAUGUAUGAUUUCUGACUACACUUAAAAACACAAACUGAAAAAUAAAAUCAUGAUAUUCAACAAAAUC